UAAAUUUCCCACUUCGAAAUUCCAAUCUCAAUGCGCAAUUCUGCAUCGUCCCAAUCCUGGGCGUGACUGUGAUUACGAAUCACCCUGCGCCACCGACUCGUUGCUUCAUUCCAUUCUCUCCGUUCUUCAAAACCCUAAAACUCAUGGCCGCUCCUCCGCCAACCAAGGACCAAGUCCUCUCUCUCCUCGCCGCUGCCAACAACCAUGGUGACCUCUCCGUCAAAACCUCCUCCUUGAAACAAGCCAAAGACCUUCUUCUCUCCCUCGACCCCUCUCUCGCCGCCGACCUCUACCCUUACCUGCUCGAGCUUCAGUCUUCUCCCGAAUCUCUCGUCCGCAAAUUGCUCAUCCAGAUAAUCGAGGAGAUUGGUUUUAAAGCAGCUGAGGAUUCUCCGAAACUGAUAUCGGUACUGCUAACAUUUUUACGAGAUAGUGAUGUGGAGGUAGUAAAGCAGUCUAUUGUUAGUGGCUCGAAUAUAUUCUGUAGUGGUUUUGAGGAGUUAGUUGUGCAGUUUCAACAAUGUGGUAAAGUUGAGAGGUGGUUAGAAGAGAUUUGGAUGUGGAUGCAUAGGUUCAAGGAUGCUGUUUUUGGGAUUGCUCUGGAGCCUGGUGCUGUUGGAAUAAAGUUGCUGGCACUGAAAUUCUUGGAAACGUUUAUAUUACUAUUUACAUCUGACAACAGCAAUCCUGAUAAACCAGCCACAGAAGGUGUCAGGAAAGCUGUUAAUAUAUCAUGGUUGGUCGGUGGUCACCCUGUUCUUGAUCCAGUAGUGCUCAUGUCUGAGGCAAAUAGGACUCUUGGCACUCUAUUAAAUUUAUUGCAGUCUGCUGGCAGUCUCCCGGGUUGUUUGACAAUUACUGUUGUAAAUUGUUUAGCAGCCAUUGCAAGGAAAAGACCACAACACUAUGAUACUAUCCUUUCAGCAAUGCUUGAUUUUAAUCCAAAUUUUCAAACAGUGAAAGGAUGUCAUGUUGCCAGUAUUCAGUACUCCUUAAGAACAACUUUUUUGGGGUUUCUAAGAUGCACUUAUUCUCCAAUACUAGAGUCUAGAGAAAGACUGAUAAGGAGCCUGCGAGGUAUGAAUGCAGGGGAUGCUGCUGAUCAGGUCAUUAGGCAAGUUGACAAAAUGAUCAAAAAUGGUGAUCGUUCUACCCGUGAUGCUCGAGCUAGCAAGGAUGAAGUGCCAUCAACUCAGUCACCUGUUUCUGGGGAAUUAUCUAGAAAAAGACCUGUUCCCCAAGAUAAUGAACAAUUGGCCAAUGGUCAUGAGGCCAUCUCUAAGCGUAUACGUUCUGGUCCUGACCCUUACUUGACUUUAUCAGCUCAAAUAAAUGAAUCUGGGAAGGAUCUUAACUCUGUUAACGGAGUAUCACCUAAUGUUCCAGUACUGGAUAGUGAUCUAAAUGCUGUGGAGCAAAUGAUUGCUGUGAUUGGUGCUUUGCUUGCUGAAGGAGAAAGGGGUGCUGAAUCUCUUGAAAUCCUCAUUUCAAAUAUUCACCCUGAUCUGUUGGCUGAUAUUGUCAUAACUAAUAUGAAGCACUUGCCUAAGACACCCCCACCACUAGCAAGGCUUGGGAAUCCCCCAGUAACUCAACAAGUAGGUUCCCAAGUCAGUCAAUCACAGGUUAUAGCAGCAUCUGCUCCAAUAAGUUCUGUGCAAUCCUUAGCUGUUACUGACCAAGCAUCAUUCCCUUCAACUACGGCCACUACUGCUACUUCAUCAUCAUUUGACACCUCUAACUUCAGUAAUCAGCCUGCUGAUUCUAAACGUGAUCCACGUCGGGAUCCCCGUCGCCUGGAUCCACGGCGUGGAGCGAUAUCUCCUGGAGGAGUAGCUGCCUCAACUACAGAUGAUACUGGGGCCACAAAAUUGGAGGUUGAUGAUCCUGUGUCUUCUAAUACUCCUGUUUCACAUCCUGUAGCAAGCACUAAUGACAAUACUCCGUCAGAUCUAACAAUGAAAAUAAAAAAUGAUGAUAUGGUCUCUGAAGGCCCCCCAGUUUCAGCACCUGAUGGGAUAACUCCCAAAACAGAGGUUGUUGAAAGGCCUGGAGAAGUUCACCAGAAUAUGGAAGAAAAUGCUUUUUUGGAUCCUUCAAUCCCCCUCUCUGAUUUAAGAGAUGAGGAUAUCAGUACAGAAAAGCUGUCAGAUGAUACUGGAACAAAUGGUCCAGAUUCACCAUCUAUGUUAGAGUUUGAUGAGUUUUCUCCUGAUGUUCAAGUUGCAUCUACAUCAGAAGAUACCUGUCUGGAGUUACCGCAGCUUCCACCAUAUGUUCAACAAUCCAAAGAACAGGAAAGUAAGGUGAAACACAUGGCUAUUAUGCAUAUAAUUGAGUCAUACAAGCAUUUACACGGAACAGAUUGUCAGCAGUUUUGCAUGCCACUGCUUGCUCGAUUAGUAGCUCAGAUUGAUGAUGAUAAUGAGAUUAUUGUGAUGCUGCAAAAACACAUCCUGGAGGACCAAUGGCAAAAGGGACAUGAACUUGUACUCCAUGUUCUAUACCAUCUGCACUCCCUCAUUAUAUUGGAUUCAGAUGGGAAAUCUUCAUCUUCUGCUGUUUUAUAUGAGAACUUUCUCUUGGGGGUGGCCAAAGCUCUGUUGGAAUAUUUUCCAGCUUCAGACAAGUCUUUUAGUAGACUUCUUGGUGAAGCCCCAUUUUUGCCUGAAUCCACCUUGAAGAUUUUGAAUGAUCUCUGCUAUUCUGAUGUAAUUGAUCAUGAUGGAAGAAUUAGCCGUGACAUUGAACGUGUAACUCAAGGUCUUGGUGCUAUCUGGGGUUUAAUUUUGGGGCGUCCACAAAAUCGCCAAGCCUGCUUAGAAAUAGCAUUGAAGUGUGCUGUCCACCCACAGGAUGAGAUUCGGGCAAAAGCUAUUCGGCUGGUGACAAACAAGCUCUUUCAGCUUAGUUACAUAUCAGAAGAUGUUGAGAAAUUUGCAACAAAAAUGCUUCUUUCUGCUGUAGACCGUGAAGUUUUAGAUGCAGUGCAAUCGAGACCUGCUGAACCAAGAGCCGAGGCACAGGUUGAAAGUCAUGAAGUAAGUAGCACUUCACAGGUUUCAGAGCCCACAAUUUCUGAAAAUGACUCUGCUAGAGUUGCUAAACCAAUGAUUCAAAGUCCAUCUAUAUCAUUUUCUGAAGCUCAACGCUUCAUUUCUCUGUUUUUUGCUUUGUGUACAAAGAAACCGAUUCUUCUACAGAUUGUGUUUGAUGUCUAUGGGAAGGCCCCAAGAACUGUAAAGCAGGCUUUCCAUCGCCACAUUCCUAUUCUUGUGAGGGCAUUAGGGCAAUCUUAUUCUGAAUUGCUCCCCAUCAUAUCUGAUCCACCAGAAGGAAGUGAAAAUCUUCUGACACUGGUGCUGCAAAUAUUGACUCAAGACACAACACCAUCUUCUGAUCUGAUAUCUACUGUUAAACAUUUAUAUGAAACUAAAUUUAAAGAUGUUACAAUUCUUGUUCCAUUAUUGUCAUCGCUUUCCAAAAAGGAGGUGUUACCCAUAUUCCCUCGGCUUGUUGACCUCCCAUUGGAGAAGUUUCAAAGGGCGCUUGCUCACAUACUACAGGGUUCAGCUCAUACAGGUCCAGCUUUAACUCCUGUAGAGGUGUUGGUUGCGAUCCAUGGAAUUGUUCCCGAGAAAGAUGGCCUUGCACUAAAAAAGAUAACAGAUGCUUGCUCAGCUUGUUUUGAGCAACGUACAGUGUUCACACAGCAGGUUCUGGCCAAGGCACUGAACCAGAUGGUUGAUCAAACUCCAUUGCCUCUGCUUUUCAUGAGAACAGUUAUUCAGUCAAUCGAUGCUUUUCCUGCACUGGUUGAUUUUGUUAUGGAGAUACUCUCAAAACUUGUGACCAAACAGGUGUGGCGUAUGCCAAAACUUUGGGUUGGUUUCUUAAAAUGUGUAUAUCAGACACAGCCACGUUCUUUUCAUGUAUUAUUGCAGUUGCCACCUCAACAACUAGAAAGCGCACUCAACAAGCAUGCCAAUCUCAGAGCCCCUCUGGCUUCUUACGCCAGUCAACCAACUGUAAAAUCUUCACUUACUAGAUCCACCUUAGCAGUUCUUGGUCUCGCAAAUGAAACUCAUGUGCAGCAACAUUUGUCAACUUCAUUACACCCUUCUGAGGCAAGUUCUUCAGUUAGCGGGGCAACUCUGACAUGAUCAUUCAAGGGACUAACAGGAAUUUAGUCACGGCAAUUGAAAAUAUCUUUGAGAUUGGUCAAAUUUCCAGGGUUUUCAGGGAUCCAAGGAGAAGAUACACAUAAAACUAAUCGUUUGAACCAGAAUGCAGCUUUUCGGAGUCUAUGUGACCCUGUCGAGUCCAGGGCACGCAUCCACAAUUAUAUCAAGUUUUCAUCAACAGUUCUCCUAGAAAUCCUCCCAGCUUGCCUCUACGAAUGUAUCAUAGUUUUUUUUCCUGUGAUUUUUUUUCCCAUUGUAAUAUCAUUCAUCCAAUUUUGAUGUUUUUAUUCCUGUGGCUAGAGACAUCGCUAUCUUCAUUCAUAUAGGCAUGGUUGCUUGGUCAUCAUUCUCCAUAAUUUCUCAUAAUGCUGAAAUGCAAUUCACUCUCUGAAAGCUCCAUUCUGUGCCCUUAACCCCCAUUGUCACAUCUUUUUUAGGGUCUUGGGGAAUGAUGGACAAGAAAUGGAUGAAUUAAUCAUUCAUGAAAGGUUUGUGUAAUCAUAUAAUCUGCGGUAACAUUCCAAAUAUUCGAACAUUAUUAAACAUGAAAGCUUUGUAUAAAAUGAGGAAACUUACGGGUUAGUUCAGACUUCAAAUAGAGUGUUUUAAUUGUAUUAUUGAAAUAAUGAAGUUUUUUUGACUUU